AAAAAGCAUAUCUAAAGUUUAAACAUCCGAAAUCAAGUGGUGCACUGCUAUUACUCGCGUUGACAUUUCGACACACAUAUCAAAAUUAUUAGUAAGUAAAAAUUCCAGUGAAAAAUCAAGAAAAUGGAUAUAUGAACAAAAUUCAUGAGCAGCACCUAAUUCUUCAUUUUGAACAAUGUCAGACGGUUCGGACAUAUCAGCCCUUUCGGAAACAUCUGAUGGGCGUCGUUCAUACCAUGACCGAACUAGGACUAAAUUCACCAAAACUAAAGGAUCACACCGACACCAUAAACAGUGGUACCCUUUUGACGAGAACGAGCGUCCAUUCCAUGGAAAUCACACACCGCUCAACAAAUCAAUGAAGAAACACAUGUACGAGGCGUCAAGAGGUAUGUCAGACGAUGAACAUGGUGUUAGUAACAGUAGCAGUGCAAUGAGUCAAAGUCAAGUCAGUGAAAGAAAUAAUCACACAGAUGACUACAUGGUGGAACCAGACGUAAGCGGCACGCAUAGUAAACACAGGCAUAAAACGAAAAGAAAACAAGUGAGUGAUGAUGAUGAUGACGACAGCGAUGAAGAUGGCGAUGUCAACGUUUCGGAAGAAUGUGAUGCUGAUGAGAGUGUACAGGAAGCACGAUCCCAUAAGAAGGUCACGUGGGAUAAAAAACUUAAAUCAAAGAGUAAAAGUAAAGCUAAGCAUGAGUCACAUCGCAAGUGCCAGAAAGAACACAAGAAAUCGUGUGAUAGAAAACGGAAACGGCCUGCUUCAAGUGGUUCGAGCACGUCACAAGCUUCCGGAAAACCAGAAGGUGGUGAUUCUUCGUCUUCAAAUACCACAGGCGGAAAGAAAGGGAAAGGAAUGCGAAAGUGUGAAAAGAAAAAGAAGAAGAAAAAAUGUAGGGAAGAAAAGUCAUCCAAAAAGAACUCACCUGAUAAGUGCUCGAAACGCUCAAAACGCACCUCCAAUACAAACGUCCAUAGUUGUGCCAGCAAGAACAGUUUGCGAUCGCUGAUAUCUACAUCAACAUGCUGCAUUAUGUAAUCGUCAUUGUUUCCGGCAUUGCUGCAUGAAAACCUGCGCACUGUCCAACAUGGUGGGCUUAAGAAUGGGCUGUACUCAAUAUAUUCUAUAGAAUUGUAUCUAUAAUCUGAAACAAACGCGUCAAAUAUUAAA